GUCCCGUGAAGAUGACAUCGACUGCAUGAAGCCACGUUCAAACUGUCCGUUUGAACGUGGAAAUCUCGCGAGAUUCUACUCUCGCAUCAAGCUAGCAGACAUGUUAGCUCGGAUGGUUUAUUGUACCAUCCAGUCCUCCUGAAUUUUGCCGCAAAGCAAACGGAAUUCGAUACCAUUUUAAAACGUAAAUCCAAGGAGCGGUAGAGACAAUGAUGUAGUCGUUUGCUAUUCGUUUACAUUAUUAUCUGUAUGUUGAUUUAGUGCGUGUGUGUUCUGUUAUGUUUAGCAUUAUUCUCUGUUUUCAUCGCCGCACCCACCAUAUUUAUUUUUAUAUUGUGGGCUAGCUAGCGACCGUUUGUUGGGAGCUAACGCUAAUACAGGCGGUGGAGCAGCAGGUGUAAUGCUAUUUGAAUAACAGAGCGCAACCAGCUAGCUAUUAAAAAAGUGGCUUUAAUUGCUAAGAAGCUUAUUUGAAAUCGUAUUUGACACAGACUUACGCCACAUCUUCCUUAGAGUAUAUCCCAAUUACGUUCAUUUGUUAGCCAGUUAACGCACGGUAGUCAUGACAGGUGAGAAGAUACGCACAAUGCGAAAGGACCACAACAAAUCAAACAAAAAUGAGGAGGUAUUGGACACGUGCGAUGAGACCUCUAACGGGACUAUCCCUAACGGUACUAGUAACCAUUUAAAAUCCAACAAGGCUUUUCAGAAAUCAGUCAAAACCUCGGUUCUGCAACAGCAGCUCAAUGCAAACAACAUUAACGGCAAUCCAUUAUCUAUUGGCACCAUUGUCAAUGAUAACAACAAGAACACGAUAAUCCUGACAAGUGAAGACUUGGACUUCCCCGUUCACGAGUGCGUGUUCAAGGGAGAUGUGCGCCGGCUCUCCUCUCUCAUCAGGACCCAGAGCAUCUUGCAGAAAGAUGUACAUGGGAAUACACCUCUUCACCUGGCUGUGAUGAUGGGCCACAAAGAGUGUGCCCUCCUACUACUGGCCCAUAAUGCUCCUGUAAAGAUAAAGAACGCACAGGGAUGGAGCCCUCUAGCAGAAGCCAUCAGCUAUGGCGACAGGCAAAUGAUCACAGCAAUACUGCGGAAGUUAAAGCAGCAAUCCAGGGAGAGCGUGGAGGAUAAGAGGCCAAAAUUACUGAAAGCUCUGAAGGAGCUUGGGGACUUUUAUCUGGAGCUGCAUUGGGACUUUCAGAGCUGGGUGCCUUUGCUGUCCCGGAUGUUGCCAUCGGAUGCUUGUAAAAUCUACAAGCAGGGACUUAACAUCAGACUUGACACCACUCUCAUAGACUUCACUGAUAUGAAGUGUCAGCGAGGAGAUCUUAGCUUCAUUUUCAACGGCGAGGCGGAACCCUCCCAGUCUUUUGUGGUUCUGGACAAUGAAGCAAAAGUGUACCAAAGAAUACACCACGAGGAGUCAGAGAUGGAGACUGAAGAAGAGGUGGAUAUUCUGAUGAGCAGUGACGUCUACUCUGCAACUCUGUCCACCAAGUCCAUCACUUUCUCUCGCAGUCAGAUUGGCUGGCUGUUCAGAGAGGAUAAAACCGAGAUGGUUGGAAACUUCCUGGCUGACUUCUACACGGUGAACGGUUUGGUGCUAGAGUCGCGGAAACGGCGAGAGCACCUAAGUGAGGAGGACAUCUUGAGGAACAAAGCCAUCAUGGAGAGCUUGAGUAAAGGAGGCAGCAUCAGUGAACACAAUUUUGAGCCUGUGAGACGGCAGUCUCUCACAGCUCCCGCGGCCAACACUAUUUCUUGGGAAGAGUACAUCGCUGCAGAUCAAGGAAAGCCACCUCAUCUUGGGAGAGAGCUUGCGUGUAAGGAAAGUAAGAAGAACUUCAAAGCUAAUGUAGCCAUGAGCCAGGAUUUCCCUCUAGGCAUCGAGUCGUUAUUAAACGUGUUGGAGGUCAUAGCCCCGUUCAAGCACUUCAACAAACUCCGGGAGUUCGUUCAGAUGAAACUUCCGCCUGGGUUUCCAGUUAAACUCGACAUCCCCGUCUUCCCCACGAUCACAGCAACUGUCACCUUUCAGGAAUUCCGCUACGACGAAUUUGAAGAGUCUACUUUCUUCAUCCCGACUGAAUACAAAGAAGAUCCCAGUCGCUUCCCCGACCUCUGACCUGUAAACACAUCUGACAAACAGGAAAUGACUAGCAAGCUAAUGUGUUUGAGAGGUGGAAAACAAAAAAUGAGGGAAUCCUGUAUUGUUUUAUUCCUAUAUAUAGUAUCUGUUUAAAAAAAAAAAAAAGGGAACUGCUCUUAUUGAUCAGUUAUUGAUCAUUUCUGCUGAUUGAUCGCAAGUGAAUCGAUGCAUACAGAUGUAACAGAGCGCCAUCUAACAAAUAGAUGCAUAUCGGCAGUUGUUUUUUGUGUGAAAUGAGUGAAAGCUUUCAUUGUACUCGCUGUUCACCACCUGAGCAAGUUACAUGCGCUGCUCUGUGCUGCUAUUCUUUUCAUGUGAACGCUGUCGGAAGACACAGCCUGGACUCUUCACCGUCACUAUUUUAAUAUCUACUCUUAAAUUCUCAUCUCCAAGACUGAAUUCUCAUUCUUGAAACUGCACUGACACCGUUAUCUGUAAAUAAGUCACGUUUCAUCUGCAAACUCACAAGAUCACAAAUAUAGCUAUAUCCUCAAACUGAGCUUAAUAUUCAUUUAUAAAUGAUGUACUAUACAUAUGUAUAAACUCAAAAGGUGUUAACACUGUGUAGCAAUACAUUUCAAGUACGUAAGAAUGUUUUUAACCAGGUGGGAGAAGGUUUAGCAUAAAAACACAUUCGUAACAGUUCGAUAUCAAAAGCCUUUUCCCCUGGGCAGGACGCAAUCUCCUGUGUUUUCAGGUUAGCUCAUGUUACCUCUUGGCUGUCGGUUUGUCGUGAUAGUAUGAACUCUGUGCUCGGUGUGAGUGGAUACUUGUACUGUACCAAGGGUUGUUGUAUGUGCGUUUGUGUGUGGAAGAUGGGAUAUCAGGUAAACUGUUAGUUUAAUACUGCACUGAUAUUAAGUAUAUUUAAGGCAUGCUACGGCUGUGUUGGCCUACUAGAUCACAUGCAUCUUUAAGCUAUAUUCUCGGAGCGUUUGUUAUAUAUCUGCAGAUUUAUUGGUACCAAGAUUAAGGAAAAACUGAACAUUGUAACACUAACAGCUUUUUAGUGUUUACAAAUUAUCUCCUUGAUGGUAGUCUGCGCAUAUGUUUCUCUUCUUUUUAAUCCAAGGAGAGGAAACUAAACUGUGAAGUUGAUAUUGCUGGAUAUCCCAAAACUGUCCGGAUGGGAAAUAAUCUGAUCCAUUGAGUUGUCUCUGGCUUCAGCUAACAUGUACCACAACCAUACCUACUUCACUUCCCUUUAAAUAAAGCACCAGCAUCAUG